GCGCAGCUUUUCGCCCGGCGGGAUUUCCGCAAUAUCAAGUAUGGCGAAGACGUACGAUUAUUUGUUUAAGUUACUGCUAAUCGGAGACUCCGGUGUCGGCAAAACCUGCGUGCUGUUCAGGUUCUCAGAGGAUGCUUUUAACUCGACAUUCAUCUCUACCAUAGGCAUUGACUUUAAGAUUAGAACGAUAGAGCUAGACAACAAGAAGAUAAAGUUACAGAUAUGGGACACAGCAGGGCAGGAGCGAUUUCGAACAAUCACAACAGCAUACUACAGAGGCGCGAUGGGUAUCAUGCUAGUCUAUGACAUCACCAACGAGAAGUCCUUUGAAAACAUAAAGAACUGGAUACGGAAUAUAGAGGAGCAUGCAUCGGCUGAUGUUGAAAAGAUGGUCCUCGGUAACAAAUGUGACAUCAAUGACAAACGGCAGGUGUCCAAAGACCGGGGAGAGAAAGUGAGUUCUGCUUACGGUAUUAAGUUCAUGGAGACUAGUGCAAAGGCCAACAUCAACGUGGAAAACUCGUUUUUGACACUUGCCAGAGACAUCAAAUCAAAGAUGGACACAAAAUUGGAGGGCAGCAGUCCUCAGGGGAGCAGCCACAAGGUGAAGAUCUCUCAGCCCCAGAAGAAGAGCAGCUUCUUCCGCUGUGCCCUACUGUGAGGACCAGA